AUGGCAUUGUCUACCCAGAUACCCAUGGUUGGAUACUUCAUCUACCGCUCUGGUGAACAAGCCGACCCAACCGCUCUCGAGUUCUGCCCUCCCAAGGGUUCUGACGAACUCUUCUUCGCUCUGAAAACCGCCUACCCUCACGUCAAGACUCAUUCUGACCGCAUGAGAAAUGCAGUCAUCGAAUUUCUCAAGCAGGAACUCAACGAGGAACAAUCUCAAAUGACGACCCCUAUCAUCCCUAUGGAAGCCGAUCUCUCUUACGAUAUUCCUACCGAAUCUCCUUGGUGGCCCUCCAUGGAAUCCACUACCUCGACUCUUAGCAGCCCCGAUCUCUUCAACCUGGCUACUCCUGCAUCAAUGUCCUCUUCCCAAGCUCCCACAAUGAGCCGUCAGAACUCCUCAUCUCAGCCCAGCUCUUCCCAAAAAGCCAAGCCUGGUCUUGAGGAGAUGACCGGUGUCUUUAGCUUGUCAUCGACUUCCCAACCCAAGACUCGCGUACGCAGGAAGAUGACUGAGUCUGAAAAGCUCGAGUACCGCAAGCGUCGUAUCGUCAAAGCUUGCGACUCGUGCAGCAAGCGUAAGCGAAAGUGCUCUCACAACCAGCCCGAAAUGGAGAAGGUUCGCUCUUCCAAGGUCAUCAAGUCCAAGACACCAGCAUCGAACAUCAACUCGGCGUGUGUCGAACAGAUCGAGAAAGCCGUCUUCCAACUCGCAGAACCUUCUGUCGUCGAUGAGGAUCCCUUCGUGUUCCUGAACCAAAACAUGUUCAACGAUCUUCCUGCCACCGAUGGAUUCUUCUUCGACGCUGCUGUAACUACUCAAGUUCCUCAGCAGACCACCUGGCCAUGGAGCGAUACUGCUGACUGGACUCUUAUUGACACUCCUCUACUCGCCCAAGCAUCGCCAUCAUCCCCAUCCUACCAACAAGCACUAUUCCCUGCCUCGACCGGCCUACUUUCACCACAGCCGACACCACAACUAGAACUGAUACACGAGCCGGCGGAACAAAUACGGGCCUCCGAUUUACCGACAACAACGCAGACACCUACUCGCACGUGGCGUACGUUCUCAGACUUCUCCCGUACAGCCUUCUCUACUGCCGACGGACUCGACGGCAAGGAGCAAAGCGCUUCUAUGGGUCUCUCGACACCAGGCGACAUGAUGUCGCCAUCACAACUGCGUAACCUGUACUCUCCUUUGGCAACUCUUACCGGACCUCAAUCUUCCCUCUCUCUUGGCGGCUCGGCGAUUGAGAAAUCGACCAUGUCUUCUGGCAGCGCCGAGAUGGCGCCACAAUUGGUUCCACAGGCUCACGGACUGACCGAGAAUGCCCGUCGCCCUGAAGCACUACAAGGUCGAAGCACUGGUAGCGGCAUUGCUGGUAUUGGCCUAACUAGUGGACUAAGCCGAGUAAUUUCACAACAAACACCUAACAGUCACACUGGCGCAGGAGUACGCCACGUAGUGACCGAAGACAAUGCUACGUCUCCCACGAAAUCCUCGGGAGACCAACAUAUCGGGAACUCAUGCAGCAUCAGCGGCACAGGUAAACAUAACUUCAUGCCUAAUUCUCCCCAUGAGAAUCUUGCUAACGUUGAAGCAGCUGCAAUUGCGGAAAGCGAACUACAGAGGACGGCCAGAACGCUCCUACCUGCUAGAUCAACCGCAGGACUUGCACCAAUCUCGCCCAAUGCAACUGGCCGACUAUCUGCCCCGAUUGCCGAAGCAAGCAGUCACGGACUCAGUAGCACGAUGAACCAACAGCUCGCCGCCUCUAAAAGCGUGUAUCACGAAAGGACUGCUGCUACCGGAGAAACACCAUCAGCAGCCCGACCAUCCAGUCUAUCAGCCGAUUCAACCAGCACAUCGUCAUCAACGAGUAUAACUCGCACAACACCUGCUAGUCUACAACUACGAUCUCAGGCUGCUAGUCCGGACCUACAUGGCAGACUCNCUGCAACCGGCACGCCAUCGACGCUCAACCCUGCGAUCGCACACCACGAAGACCCUGAGAAGCUGACCUCGGUCACUCAGACCAAGGCCCGACUCGAGGGAAGCGAAGAAUCCUCGCCCAAGCAGGGCGAACAGAUUCGACAACUACCCCUCAAGUCUGGACUAACUGCCGCAACUCAAGCAGCAGCCACGCGCUUACAGCCUCUUCGUCACCGUCAUAAGCGAUCGCUCGGACAAGCCAUUGCUCCUGCAACCUCUGCUAGCCUUGAUCUUGAUGAUACAAGGAUUGCGGCUGCCGUGUUGGUGGCCCAGGUUUGCAUGACAUGGCGGGCUAUGGCUAGUGCGUUCGUGCAAGCUGUCUCGACACGCUCGUCUUGUGGAAUCAACAACAGAGAUUGCACCUCUCUGUCUGUCCCCAAGACUGUCUUGUUGACUGCUUAG